UAAGUGAUCAGCAGUUCUCGACUGGCAAGCCAACUAGCAAGACGUUGUUCUGUACCAGUGCUGUGUGGGUCCACUCCUCGUACGGCUACGAUAGAUUCCAGAAAUCCUCCAGUCAAUAUACCAGCUUGGAUUAUGCAAACAGGAUUUGCAUCAUUUAGUUUCUUUGAUAGAUGAAUUUGCAUUCGGUCAUGGUGAUGACGACACUGUUCCUCUGCGGGGAGGGCAAUGGUGCCAGUAGCAGUUACCCCAUCGAGGGUGGGCCGUCAAGUCACCCUGUGAUCCCGGGUGCCGUGAUGCACCUGUUCCCACGCUACGGUUACCUCAGCCUCAGUAUGAGAGUGGUACCCAGAAACGAUACACAAAAUUGGAUUUUCCUGGAACCUUCCAAAGAAGUGUUUCUCCCCUCCACUGUUCGCAUUCAGCAACAGUCUUUCACGUCCAAUGACAACAGUCUUCCCCUCCACAACGAGUUCCAUAUCGAUCUCUGUGAAGAUGUUCAGCAACUUGUGCAAGCCUAUUUCCGGAGGUUCAACAUUGAAGCUUUGGAUAAACCAUGGCAUGCGUUUGCAGGUGGUUGGAGGACGCCGAGUUUGGCGAAAUAUUUUGGAUUGGAUCCCGUCUUCGUCCAAGGGGACUAUCGUUACAUGCUGGUCCGAGUACUGAUGGUUCGAAGUGCAGGAAGAGCCGAUCCUAUGCCAAACUCCACCGUGAUGCCCAACUUUGCAAACAAUUUGCACUCUUUUCGUGUCAAAGAUUAUGUUUCCUCUUUCAACUUUUUCAACGAUGUGGGGACUCACUACAUUAGCUCCUACCUUACGGGAAAUUCCAUUUAUCAGGUUUUCGUCUACGAUAACCAAGGAUUUGAGGCUGUGAAACGGAGACUGAGCGAGACUGGCUGGGUGCGGUCAUCCUACAUGGCGCAACUGCCUUACCUUCUGCCCCUGUGGGUCAAGCACAUGGGGAAGGUCAUGGUCCUUAAUGGGAAGCAACAAACGGUGCAAAGCAUACGAGAAGCACUCACAAUCCGCUUCCUAUUUUCCGUCUAUCCCAACAUUUUCAAAAUGCAUGACAAUGCAGAGUUGGUACGCAAGGUGGAAAAGUACCUCAAACAUGAGCCGGAUGGCCUCUUGGGCCUGGAACUGAAAACCCUGGACGUCAUAUUCAAAGACCAGGCCAAGAGAAAGUGGUUUGAUGAAACACUUCAGCAAACACUGCAGUUGUGGGAAGUCAACUUGAGAUGAUUGUGAACAAGUUUAGUCAACCAAAGCAAAAGUAUUGUCUUCCAACGACAUUAAAUAAAGCCAACUAAUUAAUAAUAAUUGUUAGGUACAGUAUGUAGGUUAUUAUUGCUAAAAACAUUAAAUAAAUUGUAUGUCGUUCCUGAAAAUGAA